AUGGAUUUUAAUAUCGUGAAGCAGCACACGCUUUAUGACGACGUCGAGAGCGCGAGUGGGGAGCUCAGUUUGAGUUGGAGCUCUAUUUGCAAAGAUAACGUGCGGGGAGUUGCUGAAGCACUCAAAGUGAACACGACGGUGACCAAGCUCGAUAUGAGUUGGAAUUAUCUUGAAAACGCUGGAGCGCGGAGGUUUGCCGAAGGACUCAAAGUGAACACAGCGGUGACCGAGCUCAUUCUGUGCCAGAAUUCUAUCGACGGUGCUGGUGCGGAAGCGAUUGCACUGGCGCUCAAAGUGAACACAGGAGUGAUUCAACUCGAUUUGAGCCACAACAAAAUUGGCGAUGCUGGCUUGCAGGCGAUUGCUGAGGCGCUUUUGGUAAACACGACGGUUCGGGACCUUUGUCUGUCCAGCAAUCAGAUUAGCGAUGUUGGAGCGCGGGCGAUUGCUGAGACACUCAAAGUGAACACGACGUUGACUCGGCUCAUAAUGAAUGAUAAUCAGAUUGGCGAUAUUGGAGCACUGGCAAUUGCUGAAGCACUUCAGAAAAACGAAGCUUUGAACGUGCUCGAAGUGCUCGUCCAUCUUGUGAAAUUCGACAUCUCCUCCGUAACUCUUCGCGAUAAAGAGCCCAUGAUUCUGAAUAUUUGGGACUUUGCUGGUCAAGAGCUGGACCUCGCUUCCCAUCAGUUCUUCCUUGACGAAUGGACCAUCUACCUCGCCCUUUUUGACGUUCGCGACACUAUUUCUCGCACUUCGCGCUUGGCUUUCUGGCUACGCAGCCUGCUCGCGCGAGUUCCAAACGCCGCUGUCACUCUUGUAGGCACCCACAUUGACGACAAAUCCUACACGCCGCAGCGCCAACACGAGCAACGAGAGAAUCUUCACGAUUUGCUUGGGUUUUUGCGAGAAGCGCAUCGCUCAUUCAGCAUCCACUCGAUUGUUUACAUGAACGCGAGCGCAGCUGCAAACGCACCAAUCAUGCCGGAACUCAAAGCGUCAAUGCUCCUGGCCGGUCGAGACCUGCCAUUCUAUAAUUCGUAUGUCGACGGGCGCUACCCGCAGUUCCAAGAUGUGCUGCGUGAUCGCGCGACCAAGUUGGAAGCUGAAAAGAAGCCGCCGCUCUUGCGAUGGAGUGACGUUGUCGAACUUGGCGGGGAGCGUUGUGGGCUCUCUCCUAUUGGAGUUGACAACUUCAUGCGACUGUUGCGGGGUCUCGGGCGGGUCGUGUUUCAUCGCACCGCGCAAGCUGAUGACGCCGCUUCUGUGGCCAAACCUUCGUUGCCUUUGAGUGCCCAUGAUCAAGAUCUCGUCAUUAUCAAUCCACAGUGGUUUAUGAAAACCGUGUUUGGUGGCGUGAUAACUCUGAAACACGAGUGGGCGAAGACGGGCAUUCUGGCUCGCGCAGAUCUGCUUGAACAUGUCUGGAAGACCUUGGAUCCGGCUGUGUGUGAUCAGCUUCUCGUUUUACUUGAGCGAUAUGAACUGCUGUAUCCUCUCGCUGACGCAGGAACACCGGCAGCUCGAUACCUUGUCCCUUCGCUUUUGCCCGUUGGACAACCUGACAGUAAUGUGUGGUCUCCCAAACUCGAUGAGAGCGAACAACAUGAGGCCACGCUCGUGAUGCGGACGGCCUUCAUGCCCACUGGCUUUUUCUCGCGAGUUAUUGCCCGGCUGCAUCAGCUCAAGUUCAACAUGACUGCUUGGCGAGAUUGCGUGCUCGUCAGCAGAAGUCAUCAUCGAGCUCUCGUUCAGAUCCAUCCUCGCGCACAAGAAGAUGUGCUUGAUCUGGUUAUUGCCGUGCGCGGUGCUUCUCCAGGCGCUUUGCUCGACGUUCUUGUUGGCAUUGUCGAAGAUUUGACCGCUCACUGGUACACUGGGGUAACUUGGCAAACCUACCUGCGGUGCACACAGUGUGCAGUAGAUGUGCCCGAUCCAUGUCUGUUUGAUGUUCAUUUCACCGUGCUUGCCGCCGUCCUUCCAAACAAGGAGCUGAGCUGUGAUCGCUCGCAACAAAUCCUCGUUCGCGAUGAGUGGCUCGCCUUCAUUCAGCCACUUUUGCAACGCAGCUUGUUACCUGUCGAGGAGCCAACUGAGCUGCAGCGUCAAGCGCUGGAUAUUCUGAGUCCUUCCUCACGUCCCGUAGAUGCGCCGAUAUUGCCUGAGAGCCAUGCCUCGACAAUGGAUCUCAUGCCGGCUCCGUCAAUUGCCACCACUAUUCCUCGAGUUGAAGUGCAACAGCUUUUUCAGGCCACAGGCAACUUUGCCGAUUCCCAGCGCAUCGGUGGCGGCAGCUUUGGCAGUGUCUACUCUGGCAUCUGGGGUGGCGAGAAAGUCGCUGUAAAGCGGUUGGCAGCGGAUUCCCUGCAAGGCGUGGCUCAGUUUAAGGCGGAACUCGAGGCCCUGUCUCGUUACCGCCAUCGCAACAUUGUGACUAUCAUGUGCUAUGCUCAAGAAGGCAACGAAUGCUGCUUGGUGUACGAGCUGAUGGCAAAUGGGUCUGUUCGGGAUUCGCUCGACCAAAAACAUGGCGCCCCCACUUUAAACUGGACACAGCGGGCAAGUAUUGCCAUCGAUAUCGCGAGGGCGAUGCACUUUGUGCAGACUGCUGUUCCAGGUCAACCGCUUUUCCAUUUGGAUCUCAAAACAUCCAGUGUGCUGCUGAAUGAGCAUUUUCAAGCGAAGGUUGCCGGCUUUGGACUAGCGCGCUCUCCGCCAGCUGAGACGGCGACACAGAGCUACCUCCAGACACAGACGAUUCGAGUAACGCGCCCGUACAUUUGCCCACAGUACCGUGAUGAAGGCAAAGUUUCAAUCAAAACCGAUGUGUACUCGUACGGCAUGGUUUUGCUUGAGCUGCUGACAGGAAAGCAACCUGGCAUUGAACUGGCUGGCGCGGGGAAACGUGCUCUCAAAAAGGACGGUCACCUCGAUUCCGAGUUGGAUGGUUCGAUCAUAUGGAGCGCGCCAGAUAAACUUUCAGUCACUGUAGUGACGAACUUGGCGCUUAAUUGCCUCGAGUCCAAUCAAGUGAACCGACCAACCUUUGGCGACAUUCUGAAAGCGAUGGGCCAAUCUGUCGAUCGGCGCAGCGCGCAUGUUCAUGCUGCAAUGCCCCAGAAUCCCAGGAUGGAGCAUCAUCACAGUAGCGUCAAGGAGCAGUCGCAUCCGAAUCUGGACUCGGGUUUCGUGAGCUCUUUCAUGGAGCAACAAAAGCAGCAGCCGCAGUCACAACUUGUUGAACUCGGGGCGGCUGCAGCGGUUUCACCGCUAACCCAUCAUCACAGUGUCGUCAAGGAGCAGCUAUCUCCCUUUGCCAACUCGAUUGUCGUGAACGCUAGCAUGCAGUCGCAGCUUGACUCCUGGAACGGAUCGCAAAUCAAUUCCGCGUUCCAUAGCGAUUUUAUCGAUUAA